AGAACAAGGCAUGAUUGGAUUCGUGUAUAAGAAGCCGACGAAACUCACGCCCUGCCAAUCCACCCAAACCAAUCUUUCUCUCUCUUCUUCUUCUUCUUCUUCUUCUUUAUUAAUCGCCAUUGAACAAGGAACCCUUCUUCUUCCAAGCUUCCAAUAAGCCACCACACACACACACUGCUAUAUCUUCUUCUCUCCACAACCUUUAGAAUUGGUGGUUCAAAAUCAUAAUGGCUAUGCAGCAACAACAUUACUAUGGUCAUGAAUGGAAACCCAUAUCAGAAAAUUCAUCAAAUGGUUGUUUUGAUUGUAAUAUCUGUUUAGAUUUUGCUCAUGAGCCAAUAGUAACACUAUGUGGCCAUCUUUACUGUUGGCCUUGUAUCUACAAAUGGCUUCAUGUCCAAAGUGCCUCUCUUGCCUCUGAUGAGCACCCUCAGUGCCCGGUUUGCAAAGCCGAAAUAUCACACACCGCUAUGGUACCUCUCUAUGGUAGGGGUGGUGUUGGCCACAACAACACCGAGCUUGAAAGAAAAUCGGUCAGAAUGGGAAUAGGAAUGGAAAUGGAAAUCCCGCCUAGACCAUCAGCUUGUGGUGCACAAAUUGCCCUUACAUCACCUACUACUACUACUACUACUCGUUCAGGUCAACAACAACUUCCCUAUCGAAAUCCUUACCAAAAUCAACAACAUUACCACGACGAGGAUGAUGAUUUAUUAUCAUCCUCAUCGCCCAUGACAGGUUUUCAUCACCCUGUUGUGGGGAUGUUCGGGGAUAUGGUCUAUGCUAGGGUUUUUGGAAACUCGGAGAGUUUGUACUCGUAUCCAAACUCGUAUCGGGGUCUAAUGGGGAGUAGUAGUAGUAGUAAUCCAAGGCUGAGGAGGCAAGAAAUGCAGGCUGAUAAGUCACUUAAUAGAAUUUCAAUAUUUUUAUUUUGUUGCUUUCUUCUUUGCCUUAUUGUCUUUUGAUUCUUCUACACAUUGCUCAUUUUGUAAACUUUGUAAAGAGGAAAAAAAGAUAUUGAGGUGAGCUUAUUAAAAACAUAGAUAUAUUUAUAUAUAUAUAUAGAUGAAUUGGGAUC